AAGAAAUUUAAUUUUUAUAAAUAUUUAAUCUUUCAAAUAUAUAAUUAAGAGAUGACAGGAAUAAGUAUUUGCUACAAAUUCUUUGUAGGAAAAGUAGGAACACUUUAGACUAAUAAGUCUUAAAUAUUAUUUUCAACUACUUGAAAGGAUUUCACAAUCACUGUGAUCAGGUAGCAGUUUUCCCAGCUCAGCAGUUGUUAGCCACGUAAAUAGUUGCAACUGAUUAAAUUUAACUAAAUUGAUAACUGAAAUUAACAAAAAUUGCCAUGUCUCCGCCACAAAAGGGAAAGCAGGCCACCAAGGGAGCCAAGCAAAUCGUAGAGGAAAACAAAAGUACUCUUGUGUUUUAUAGAAACAUGGCCAUCGGGUGCUCCGUUCCUGGCCUUAUCUUUAGUUUUUUUGUUUUUGAAAUUACAAAACUCACAGUGUUCAUGUAUAUAUUGGCAUUACUAAUCCUUGGUGGCUCCUAUCAAUUCAUGACCUUCAUGUCGCGUGCUAAAUACUCAGAUACAGGUGCUCUAGUUGACUCGGGCAACGACUUGAAUAUGGAAGGUGGCAUAGCGGAAAAUGUAAAGGAUCUCAUAAUACUGACUUCAGGAACCAUUCUGUUGGCAUUGAUUUCCAAUUAUUUCUGGUUUGCCCUGCUCUUAGUACCUAUACGUGCCGGUUGGAUGCUUUGGGGUUCUGUUAUACAGCCCUGGCUAUCGCAGCGCAAUGCCCAAGAAGAGCCCGAACUUGAUGAAAAGAAACAACGCAAAAUGGAGCGAAAGAUGCGACGAAUGAGAUAAAAGUUUAUCAGAAUUUUUGGUAUCUGGGAUUAUAUCUACUCUAGCUUCAAUUUUGUAAAACCUUUCAAAUCGAGAUUUGCGCUUAGCUUCUAAUUAGGAUAUUUAAAUUUGCGUGUGUGUUUACCCAAUCAAUAAUUGUUUUUUGUUAUUUACCGAAAUUAAAUUCGCUAAUGAGACACAAGAAAAAGACAAAA